UUCAUGGCUCAUUCCAGUUCUCAGAAAUCCAUCUCUUCUCAGGAAAGAAAGCCAGUUAAAAAGUUCGAGUAAAAAUGAAUUUCAGAACAUUGACGAGAAUCUGAACAGCUCAAAGCGACUGAUCCAACUGGCAGCAGAAGCUCAAUUCGGCGGACGAUUCGACGUCAUCUGUGCCAAUGGAGAUUUCAGUUAUGUGACGAAUACUGAACUGUUCUGCCAAGAGACGAAAGGAGACGUCUCAUGCUACACCUACAGACAAUUAUAA